CACAACAAGAUGUUAGAGAAUCAAAUAGCUCAACAGGCUAGCUCUUCAAAUAGUAAAGCUUUUGGGAAGCUUCCUAGCCAACCUGAGAAUCCAAGGGAGCAGUGCAAUGCUGUUACUUUAAGAAGUGGAAAGGUAAUGGGGGAAGAACACGAAAUUGAAGUAAAGUUGAAAGAAAAGAAAGAUGAGUGUGAGAGUGAAUCCACUUCAACUAAAGCUAAAGCUAGUAAGGAAGCAAAUGAAGAGAAAGAAGAUAAAAAGAAAAUAGAAGAGAAAUAUGUGCCUCCUGCACCGUACAAGCCACCAUUGCCCUUUCCUCAGAGGUUUCAUAAAGCACAAUUAGAUAAGCAGUUUGGGAAAUUCCUUGAAGUUUUAAAGAAGUUGUAUAUCAACAUUCCAUUCACCGAUGUCAUUUCUCAAAUGCCUUCUGAUGCUAAGUUUUUGAGGGAGAUUUUAUCAAAUAAAAGAAGGUUGGAAGAUUAUGAAACUGUUGCACUUACUGAGGAGUGCAGUGCUAUAUUGCAGAACAAGCUCCCACCUAAGCUGAAAGAUCCUGGAAGUUUUUCCAUACCAUGUCACAUUGGAGAAACAAGUAUUGAGAGAGCAUUAUGUGACUUGGGGGCUAGUGUUAGCUUGAUGCCACUUUCCAUAUGUGAGAAGUUAAAGGUUGGAGAUCUAAAACCUACAACUAUUUCUUUGCAAUUAGCUGACAAAUCUAUAAAGUAUCCAAUUGGGAUUUUAGAGAAUGUACCAUUAAAAGUUGGGAAGUUUUUCAUUCCAGUGGAUUUUAUUGUACUAGAGAUGGAGGAGGAUGUAAGAACGCCCAUCAUACUUGGAAGGCCAUUUUUAGCCACUGCAGGAGCUAAUAUAGAUGUAAAGAAUGGGAAAUUGAAGUUGACAGUGGGGGAGGAGGAAAUAGAGUUUAAUUUAUUCCAACAUUCCAAGGAACCAGCUGUGAUGAAUUCUUGUUAUAGGGUAGAUGUUAUAGAGCAUGAUGCUGAAACUGAAGUUACUAAACUAGAGGAAAAUCAAGCUAUUCCAAAACAAUGCAAUCAGCAUAAAGUGCGAAAGAAAAAGUCAGCUUCACUAUCUCAUUUGAUUAACAAUGAAGCUCCAAAAGUUAAGCUCAAGCCUCCAUCAAAAUCACUCAAAAGAGGAGAUUCAUCUAAAGUUUGUAAGAAUAUUCUUCAAGAUAUAGUUGGGAUUCUGAACAAAGCAACAGGUAUUUUCACAUAUAAUGGGAAAAAGUUGAAGUAUAAAUUCAUUUUAGCACCUGUUGUGAAGGGAGGUAAUAUUUUCCAAUUCCAACCACCAUGA